AUGAAGAAACCAGACAAUAGUCUUCUCCUCUGUGUCUUCUUCCUCUUGUGUUUAUGCUCUGCUUGGAGCCUACGUAAAACUUCGUACGAUCAUUUUCAACUAGUUCACACUUGGCCAAACACGUUUUGUUUGGACCGAAACAUAACGUGCAAAAAGCCCGUGCCUCAGAAUUUCGUGAUCCACGGGCUUUGGCCAGCCGACAAAUCGGGCAAACCUUUAACUCAUUGUUAUAAGACCGGAAGCAUAUGUUCGGAUAUUAGCAAAUACAAAAGACAGCUGGCGCAUUCAUGGCCGUCCAUAAGAGCUGAUCUGACGAACGCGAACUUUUGGCAAUACCAAUGGGACAAACACGGCUCGUGCGCGUUAUCAAGAAUGACCGUGCACGAUUAUCUGCAGCUGAUUACUACCACACAACGAAAGCUCGAUUUAUUACGGGCCUUGACUAGCAACAACAUCAAGCCCAAUAACGGGUCGUUGUUGUACACCGUUAAAGCCAUCGAGGCUGCUGUAAAACGGGAGAUUGGGGCCCGGCAUUUUUACGUGUCGUGUCGAGUUUUGAAGGGCCGCGUUUUUCUUAGAGAGAUUUAUAUAUGUUUGGAUGGGAAUGGGAAAAAGAUUGUGUCUUGUCCAAUUAGAUAUCAUCAAACAGGAUGUGGUAAGGAUAAGAAUCUGGUUUUCCCAGCUUCUGAUGCAUCAAGAAUGCAAAUUGGGGGAUUGCAGAUCGACCCAUCUGUCAAUUCGGGGGAGGAAGAGGACCCGAUUUCAACCCGAACCCUAUUUGGCAAAAUCAAUGCUCGUGCGGGGGGGUGCUUCUGCAAAUUCUCAGAAAAAGAAAGUUUGGAUAUGGACGGAAAAGAAGGAGGUGAUGACGGCCGCCGUGGAAAGAGGUUGGAAUACUUUUGUCUUUCGCUCCGACCGCCGCGAACUCGCCGCCGACUGAUUUAUGAAAUAAGCUGGAAUUCAAUUGCAUUAUUAUAUCCUCUAUUCAUUGAGGAAGGAGGACUCUUUGACAGUGAGCGCAUAAAAAUCGCAUCUUUCUUUGAAAUUUCUUCGCCCGAGCAGCUGGAGAAGCUCGAGCCAUUGAACAAACAAGCAGAGAAUGUAGUUGUUAAUCUGCUCGACUGGCGGGCAAUACCUGCAGAAAAUAUUGUUGCAGCUAUUCAAGCCUCUCGAAAAACAGUAUUUGCAGUCUCCAAGACAUCAUCUGAAGCUCAAAUGUUUCUUGAGGCCUUGGAGCACGGGCUGGAUGGUGUUGUUUUGAAAACUGAGGAUAUUGAGUCCAUCAUUCAGCUGAAGCAUUAUUUGGACAAAAGAGACGAUGAGGGCAGCCUUUUGGAAGUGACAAAAGCAGUUGUAACGAAUAUUCAAACUGUUGGUAUGGGAGAUCGUGUCUGUGUUGAUCUAUGCAGCAUAAUGAAACCCGGUGAAGGCCUUCUGGUUGGAUCUUUUGCAAGAGGGCUCUUCCUCGUUCACUCAGAAUGCUUGGAGUCUAAUUACAUUUCCAGUAGACCUUUUCGGGUCAAUGCAGGUCCGGUUCAUGCCUAUGUAGCUGUUCCUGGUGGAAAAACUAAUUACCUUUCGGAAUUAAAAGCUGGGAAAAAUGUACUAAUUGUCGAUCAAAACGGGAAGCAACGAACAGCCAUUAUUGGUCGUGUGAAGAUAGAAACAAGGCCAUUAAUUCUUGUCGAGGCAAAGAUAGAUGAUGACAGUCAAACUUCGUACAGCAUUCUUCUGCAAAAUGCUGAAACAGUUGCAUUAGUUUCAUUGGAGGGAGCAAUUCCGGUGACUUCUCUGAAAAUAAGCGACGAAAUUUUGCUGAGAGCACAAGGAGGCGCUCGGCACACUGGGAUUGAAAUAGAAGAGUUCAUUGUGGAGAAAUGAAAUGAAAUUGUAUAUGGACUAUUUAAUGAAAAUGAUAAAUUUCAUUUGUAACAAAUAUAGUUUUUCCUAGUAAUUUAUUUUUACCAGUUAGUAAAUUGAACAUAUGACAAUACAUAACUUUGAGAAUUCUGUGGUAGUUC